UGGCCAGACCAGACAGCAGACGAGAGUGGACUCUGGUCAGCUGCAGAGCAAGACUGUCAGUCAGCAAUAUGUGGAAACUGCUGGUCAUCGCUGUUGUUUGUGUGCAGCUGUGCUGUGCACAGUACCCGAGAUACCUUCGUUUCCCGGUUGGCAGAGGUGACGACACCAAAUGCCACGACAACCAGGUUGACAAGAAGUACAACAUUGGUGAUGUCUGGAGCUCCCCAUUCUCUGGCUGUAAACAAAGUCACUGUGUCAAGGACAACGGCGUCCUUUACAUUGACAGAUACCAGUGUCCGUCGGUGAGAAAGCAGGUGGACUUCAAGAAGCUGAAGGCGAACAAUCUGUUCUGCCGCGAGGCUCGGGGAGACAGGAGGAAGGCGUUUCCCGACUGCUGUGCCCGCCUUGUCUGUAAACACUACGUGGACGGGAAGCUUGUGCCGCUGCCGGCGCACAAAUAUCCCCUGCUCUGAUCGGGCUCAGAUGAGACUGGGAUGGCAAUCAUAGUUACCAAAGAAGGCACCUUGAAGUGUUUGUUUGUGUAUGCAUUUGCUCGUUAAAACAUACAUGACCAGCUGGUUCCUUAGUACGUGAUCCUUUGAUUUGAUAUUGUGUUUUUCGACCAUCGACUUGCUAUAUGGAUGCGUGGGUGGGUGUUGAUGGUGGCGUGCGUACUGUGUGCAUCUCUUCAUCCGUUGAGCAAUAUGAUCUCGUGUUUCAAGUUUUCUUAAUUUGUAUCGUCGAUUGAGCAGACUUUUGGCUACAACGUGCUGCGAUUGAGUUUUCAUCGCAGUGUGAUAGGUUUCUGUGUAGCUAUGCACUUCAUGGUGGAUAGCUCAAUGAAGGUUGUUACUUCUAAUUAAAUAAAA